CCUGUUUCUAUAUAUAAAUAAUAGCUGAUACCAAUUCGUUGUAACGCCUUUUUUCGAUGGUCUUGGACUACCGACGUCCCCGCCAAGACAAGACCGAAGUCGAGUGGCUUUCUUCGUACUUCAAAUUCAUCCUCGAACAUGACGCCAAGAACUACCAAGGCCGAUGGGGAGCGGACGAGAGGGCUGGCGGCCCGAGAGGGCGAGUCCGCUGCCGGAGUGCGUUGGACUUGUUCGCACUCUGGGCUUUGGCGAAUUGCUUUUUGCGCCUCUCUCGACGGCGGAUCGCCGGGGUCGACUACAAAACCAUCUCUAUUGGGUUGGAGGACAUAGCUCUCAGAAUUUGGAGGCCAUGGCUCUAUUGGGUUGGAGGACAUAGCUCUCAGAAUUUGGAGGCCAUGGCUCUAUUGGGCGACGCCUCUCGACGCCUCUCUCCCAAAGGGAGUGAGAGAAUCCUUCGGCGUUCGUUGAUGCGCAUCGAACAGCGACCGUCUCGAAGGCACUUUUGGACUAACGUCGCCAAGGCAGUGAACGAAGAAUAUUUGCCCGCUGGGAGUAAAUGUCCACAGUGCAACCAGGGCCUGAGAUUUGCACUGUGGGCACUUGCUGCAAAUCUUGGAUAA